AUGAUGACCAAACGAAUCCUUGCUCUCUUUGAUGUCGAUGGAACACUUACAGUUCCGAGAAACAAAGUUACCGCAGAAAUGUACCAAACACUCAUGAAUUUGAAAAAAUCUGGAGUUAGUGUUGGUAUUGUUGGAGGUUCGGAUUUGAGCAAACAAUAUGAGCAAAUGGGUGAGACAAUUUUGAGUGAUUUUGAUUAUGUCUUUUCCGAGAACGGUUUGGUGGCCUAUGAAAAGGGAAAAUUGAUUAAAGUCACGUCCAUCAAGGAUUAUCUUGGAGAGGAUAGAAUUAAGGAGUUUGUGAAUUUUACUUUGAGAGCUCUUGCAGAUAUUGACAUCCCAAUCAAGAGAGGAACCUUUAUUGAAUUCCGAAAGGGAAUGUUCAACAUUUCUCCAAUUGGUAGAAAUUGUUCACAAGAGGAACGUGAUGAUUUUGAAAAGUAUGAUCAUCAACAUCAAGUACGAGCCAAACUCGUUCAGCUCUUACAAGAAAGAUUUAAGGACUACAACCUUAAAUACAGUAUUGGAGGACAAAUCAGCUUUGAUGUCUUUCCUGAAGGUUGGGAUAAGACAUUCUGUUUGCAGUAUGUGAAAGAUCACUUUGAUGAGAUUCACUUCUUUGGAGACAAGACUCAGAAAGGUGGUAAUGAUUAUGAAAUUUUCGAGCAUGAGUUAACGGUUGGCCACAGUGUAAAGACAUACCAUGACACCAUUAAGGCUAUCGAUGAGUUAUGGCUCUCUAAACAAUAA